UAAGAAUUUUUGAAAGUAAGACCGUCGUUGAAUCCAAAAACCCUCACUCACAGGUCCCAAAACCCUCACCUCCAGCUAUCGUCUCCACCACCGACGGCCAUAAUGUUGCACCUGUGGGCUUCCUCCUCCGUCCUGCAAGAACCGUCGACUAUCCUCUCAUUUCUACUCCUUGUUGCCUUGCUGUCGCCGCUCGCCGCGCGAAUGAUGUUAGAGCAGAGAGGAAGAGCGAUGUUGCUAUUGCGGAGAAGAAGAAAGCGGGAAAGUUGAGGAUUGAUGAACUUGACCAAUAAACCCGAACCAGAGUGAAUCAAACUGCCUGAGUUUCUAAAUAAUGUUUGGAUUGAUCCCGCUUAUCCAUAUGAUCAAGCCGACGAUCAUUUUUUAUAUUAUAACAAAAAACUGAAUUGAAUCUGGAUUGCAAAAACUUCUAUGUUUUCAACAUGGAUAAGAGUGUUAGACUUCUAGGAAACGUUGGUUUAGUUAUGUUUUUAUUUUCUGUCUGCAGAUUGAGAAGGUUAGAAGAUUGAUGCAGCUUGUGUAGAGUAGUGAACUAUAAGUCAAAGGCCAUAACGACCACCGCCAUGGCAAACAGACGGUGUGUACAAGUACUAACUCGUCAUGCCUCGGCCAUUUUUUCUGGAAAGCCAUAUAUCCACUCGCUGAAAAUCACAUCUUCCUUCCUCUACCAGAAUUACCAUACACGUGCCUCUACAUCAACCUAUCUUUGUACUAAAACUGAUCCUUUGUGUAAGUGCUGGCCACACUCCCAAUAUCUCUCAUCUGAUAGUCGUAAUGGCAAUGACGAUGAUGAUACUGAAGAAGAUGAAGAUGAAGAUGAAGAUGAAGAUGAAGAAGCAUAUGAUAGUAGUGAGGAUGAUGGUAUUUCGGGGUUGAGUAGGGGUAUGCAGAAGGAGUAUACAAAGGAGGAGAAGGAGGCAGAAGCGGCUGAUAUUGGAUAUAAAGUAGUUGGGCCACUUGAUCGAUCUGAUGGCGUUUUCAAGGGUUAUGAGCCUGUUUUUGCUGUUGUUCAGAUUGGCUCACACCAAUUCAAGGUUAGCAAUGGAGACAGUAUUUUUACCGAAAGAUUAAAAUUCUGCGAUGUGAAUGACAAGUUGAUAUUGAAUAGGGUCCUCAUGCUUGGCUCAAGUAGCCAAACGAUUGUAGGCAGGCCAACAAUCCCAAGUGCAGUUGUUCAAGCAGUUGUUGAGGAACAUGCCUUAGAUGCAAAAAUAAUCAUCUUCAAGAAAAAAAGGAGGAAGAAUUACCGCCGAACCAAAGGACACCGCCAGGAAUUAACAAAGUUGAGGAUCAUCGAUAUCCAAGGUAUUGACAAACCAGAAAACAUUGGAAAGCCUUCAAAAACAGCUGAUAAGAAGCAAGAAAAAUUUGCAGUAGCUGCUUAGAAGAAGGUUCCAUGAUUCUAACUAACUGGAACUGCUAAAUGGGUGUAGCUUUUUCUGAUGUCAUAUGAUAUACUAUACUUGAUUCUAAUUCUUUGAUAGUGCGUCUUAGGCAUGUUUUGUAGGAAUGGCACUUUACUAUGAUUCCCAUCCUUUUUGUU